UGCUGCCGGCGGGGCUCGGCUCGCCGCGGCUUUGCAGCGUAGCGCAUCUUUUCCCGCGGCUGGGAGGAGGUGCCGGGCCGCUCCGAGGCGGAGAAGGCGGAGGAAGGCGGCGGGGGGCUGCGGGCUCCGGGUUCGCCUGUCGCCUCGCCUCGGCCGGCGCCGAGCCAUGCCGGGGGGCGGCGGGCGGGCCGGGGGCGAGCGGCAGCCUCGCCCCGCCUGGGGCCCGGCGGGCACCGACACUGCGCCGGCCGGGGGAUGAAGAUGAGACGCCAUAAACUCUUUCUGACUCUCUGCAUGGCUGGUCUCUGCCUCAUCUCCUUCUUGCACUUCCUCAAGGCCCUUUCCUAUGUCACCUUUCCCAGGGAGCUGGCUUCACUUAGUCCCAACCUCGUUUCUAGCUUCUUCUGGAACAAUGCCCCUGUCAUGCCUCAGGUCAGCCCUGAGCCAGGGGGUGCGGAGCUCCUCCGAACACCCCUGUACUCCCACUCCCCCUUGCUCCAGCCCCUGUCUCCCAGCAGAGCCAGCGAAGAGCUGCACAAGGUUGAGUUUGUGCUGCCAGAAGACUCAACGGAAUACUUUGUCCAUACCAAAGCCGGUGGCAUUUGCUUUAAACCAGGCACCAAGGUGUUGGAGAAGCCACUUGUGGGAGGUCGGCAGGAGGAGCGAGCGGAUGGCGCAGCCUUGGGACGGCCAGCUCGGAAGCCGCUGAGCGCCAGCGGAACCAAGCGGCGCAAGUGGGUGGAAUGUGUGUGUCUGCCAGGCUGGCAUGGCCCCAGCUGCGGGGUCCCCACUGUGGUCCAGUACUCCAACCUGCCCACCAAGGACCGCCUCGUGCCGCGGGAGGUCCCCCGGCGGGUCAUCAAUGCCAUCAAUGUGAACCACGAGUUUGACCUGCUGGAUGUCCGCUUCCAUGAGCUGGGAGAUGUGGUGGAUGCUUUCGUGGUGUGUGAGUCCAACUUCACAGCCUAUGGAGAGCCACGGCCCCUCAAGUUCCGCGAGAUGCUCCUCAAUGGCUCCUUUGACUACAUCCGCCACAAGGUGCUCUACGUCUUCCUGGACCACUUCCCCCCCGGUGGCCGCCAGGACGGCUGGAUUGCUGACGAUUACCUGCGUACCUUCCUCACCCGGGAUGGCGUCUCUCGCCUCCGCAACCUGCGCCCGGACGAUGUCUUCAUCAUCGAUGAUGCUGAUGAGAUCCCAGCCCGUGAUGGCGUGCUCUUCCUCAAGCUCUAUGAUGGCUGGACAGAGCCCUUUGCCUUUCACAUGCGAAAGUCGCUCUAUGGCUUCUUCUGGAAGCAACCAGGCACCUUGGAGGUGGUCUCGGGCUGCACCAUGGGAAUGCUCCAGGCUGUCUAUGCUACCGAUGGAAUACGUUUGCGACGCCGUAAGAUGGCAGGCGCUGGGCAGCGCAAAGGGAAGAAGGAUGACAACGGCAUCGGCACCGCCAUCGACUUCGUGCUGGCCAACGCACGGCUGGUGCUGGGCGUGGGGGGCGCCGCCAUGCUGGGCAUUGCCACGCUGGCCGUCAAGCGGAUGUAUGACCGGGCAAUCAGUGCUCCCAGCAGCCCCACUCGCUUGGGCCAGUCAGGAAAGAGAAGCUGGGAAGAGCCAAACUGGCUGGGCUCCUCCUCACGCCUGCUGACCCAGGACAUGAAGACCAGCCUCAGCCGCUCCCUGCAGACCCUCCCCACUGAGCCUUCAGCUGCAGACACAGACUUUAUUCGACCCACAAAGCCCAAGCCAUCUGCCAAGCGGAGUCAGGUGGAGCUGAAGAAGUCCCGCCUUCGCCUGUCCCUGCAGGAGAAGCUGUUUGCAUACUACCGACGGCGGGUGGCAAUCCCAGCAGAUGAGCAGGCUCGAGCCAAGCAGGCAGCUGUGGAUAUCUGCGCGGAGCUGCGCAGCUUCCUGCGCGCCAAGCUGCCGGACAUGCCCCUGCGGGACAUGUACCUCAGCGGCAGCCUCUACGAUGACCUACAGGUAGUGACAGCUGACCACAUCCAGCUUAUUGUACCUCUUAUGCUGGAGCAGAACCUGUGGUCGUGUAUCCCUGGGGAGGACACUAUCAUGAACAUUCCUGGCUUCUACUUGGUGCGUCGAGAAAACCCAGAGUACUUUCCUCGCGGGAGCAGCUACUGGGACCGCUGUGUGGUAGGAGGUUACCUUUCCCCCAAAACUGUAGCAGACACCUUUGAGAAAGUUGUAGCUGGGUCCAUAAACUGGCCAGCAAUUGGGAGUCUCUUGGACUAUGUGAUCCGUCCAGCAGCUCCCCCAGCAGAUUUGACUCUGGAAGUCCAGUAUGAUGCAGAUCGGCAUCUUUUUAUUGACUUUCUACCAUCCCUGACACUGGGGGACAUCGUCCUCGUUGCUAAACCUCACCGAUUGGCCCAGAAUGACAACUUGUGGCGACUGAGCCUGCGGCCAGCGGAAACAGCUCGCCUCCACGCCCUGGACCAGGGCGAUUCUGGCUGCCGCUGCUUGUGCCUCAAGAUCUUCAAAGCAGUAUGCAAGUUAAACCCAGCUCUGGGACAUCUCACUGCCAGCCAGCUCACCAAUGUCAUCCUGCACCUCUCCCAGGAGGAGUCCAACUGGUCCCAGGACAUGCUGGCCGAUCGCUUCUUGCAGGCACUGAAGGGGCUGAUCCACUAUUUGGAGGCAGGUGUCCUCCCUAGUGUCCUGAACCCCAAGGUGAACUUGUUUUCAGAGCUCACCCCUGAAGAAGUGGAUGAGUUGGGCUAUACCCUCUACAGCUCUCUGUCGGAGCCAGAGGUCUUGCUGCAGACGUGAUGGGGCCUUACCUAGGGAAGUGUUGAUAGGGUUUAGCCAAUGCAGACUUUGAUUACUGUGAAUUACGUCUCCUUCACUUCUCCCUAUCUCCCUCUCUCUCCCUCUCUUAUCACUCCCCCAUUUUAGUUCAUUAGUAAUUCCUGCUGUGGAGUCGGUGCUCCCACUGAAUUUCUUGGUGCUGCUGGUCCAUUUCCACCAUCUCUGCCCCAACAGGUCCCCUUUGGCUAGGGAAGAGAGGCUAAAACUGCACCUCUGAGAUCUUCAUAUAAAUUCUGCUGAGUUUAAGUGUCUACCAAAAAAAUAAACCAAACUAUGCACUUCUUUAUUCUGUAGUACACUUACUACAGCAAAACAUUUUUGGUCUCAAGAAGGUGGAAGUUGGCUGGUAAAUCUAGUGAUGAUUUUAGUAGAAUUGCACUGAGGUUGUUUAAUUUCCUCCAGCUUGACUUUACCCCGUGUUUAUUUUUCUCUGCUCUCCCACACUGUGUCACUUUCCUUUCUUUUAUGUCCUUUUGGCCCAGUCAUGCAGGGCAGACUGAGUGAGAUAUUUUGGAUAGGGUUCCUUUUGUAUUUAUGAGUGGAUAAUGACUACACUGGCAAUAUUUAGGGCUGUAGAGCUUGAAAUUGGAGAAUUCCCACAGCUCCUGCUGCCACACAGAGCCUUCCCAUCCUUUGCAAGCUGGGGUCGGGGUUAAGGACCAAAAUUUGUCCAGUCUGCUGCAACACAACCUCCUGUAUGGGCAUUUCUUGUUGAAGGUGUCACGUGAGGAAGGAACCUUUUUGGUCUGGCUGUGUGAUGAGGCUGAAGGAGCAGAGCUUGCUGUUCCUACCUAGCCAGAUCUGCUGGGAAUGGCCUCAGGAGUGGAGAAUAAGGCAACUCUUCAAUUGUUUCUGGCCUAGAGGAAGAGAGGGUAAUUACAGGGAAGGGGUGGGAGACACACAUGGGAAUGGGGAUUGGUUUUUUUCAUCUUUUCCCCAAGAGUUUAUGGCUGUUCUGGUUUACUGAAGGUGGAAACAAGACUGCAUGCCUCAAAGAGCUUUAGAAUAAGCACAUAUAAACCAGAUUCUCACCAGCUCUAAAGGCUGUGAAGGUGAUAGAAUGAACUGGUGUCCUCAGCAAGGUUCUGUCCCAUAUACUGGUAUUAGGGUACGUAUACAAAGCUGGCAUUUAGCCAGCUUUGCCAUCUGCUCUGUGUGCUGUAGUCUCAUCCCCAGAACUGAGGCUGUCCAGCACCUUCCUCAUUCCCGUGUGUUGACUUUCCAGUGCUCCUAUUUUACAAAUACUUACAGAAAGCUGGUGAGGGCACAUCUUCCCAUUCCAUCUGUUUGGACCUGUUGGCAGAGCAGUUCUGCCUACUCCUGUCUACGGCUGCUCUCAGGCUGUAGACCCUUUAUACUCUGCAUUAAGCCACCUCCUGUCUUCAAAAAGUGGGAGAGAAGGUGUCCCCCCGCGUCUGGAGCUCUGUGUGUAUCUCAAAAGAUCAACAUAACUUGUUUCAGAAACAUAUUUGCAUUUCCCUGCUUUAGCAACUUUUUACGCCCUUGCUGUUCAGUCUCAUUAGCUAGUGGAGAGGAGUACUGCAACAGCAGAGUUUGGAGGGAGCAGGAAUCCUUUUCUCCUUUUCUCCUCCCUUCCUCUCAGGACUUCCCCCAUCUUUGACACAGAAGUUUGGAGGUGAAUUUCAGGAGUGAAACCAUGGAGGGAAGUCUUUCACACCGGGUUCUUUUUAUAGGCAGUGCUGGUGAGGUGAGAGAGGGAGCAUCUUUCAUGGACAAUCCGUCCAUUUUAGCCAAUGUGUCAGCAUUCUGUAUACAGUGAUAAUGCAACAUUGCAUUUUAAAUUAUUUAAUCCUUAGGGUACUGGUCUUUUCUAGAUUGCCAGAUGUGUACUUUGAAGUCUGAGUGUGUAUAUAAAGUCUAUAGUCUAUCAAAGGUUAACAGGAAUCCCAUUUGUAUGACUUUGUGUUUUGUAAGUUUCGCAGCAGUCAGUGUUGGUCAGCUGUUGAUUGCACUUCACUCUGGUUCCCAGAUUUUUUCCCCUCUUCCUUCCCUUGCCCCCCACUGCCUUUCUGAUGUCAGCCUUCCUACCCUAAAAGCAGACAGAUGAGACUUGGAGCCUAUAGGCUAUUGGGGGAAAUGCCCCUUGUUUUUAAUUACUUGAAGGUCAAUAAAAAAUAUUAAAAUACCUGGGUUGUCAGGAGUUCCCCCAAAGCUCAUUGCUUCAGUGUGAUGUCACCCCUCACUUGGUGCUGACUCCGGUACUGUGGUCUUCACAUGUUAGUAGCAAUGUGGUUGGAAAUGAUUAAAACUCUAGAUACAAAGAAAAGGUGAGAGACAACUUGAGAACAGUUGUCACAUACAUAUCUGUAUAUAUAAUUUUUUACAUGAAUGCUUUUACUUCUUCCUGGCAACCUAACUAAUUAAUAUUUUAUGGCCAUUUUUUGCUGCUAUUUAGCUCAAUUUGUGUAUCAGAUGAAGCUGCCUUUUUGCCUUUUCUGUAGACUCUGCUCCACUUCAUUUGUAUCAUCCGUCUCCAUCAUUUCUUCCCUUCAGUUUUGCCCUCUGAGCUAGCCACGAGCCUGUUCUCAGGAGGCUAAUGAUCACUUCCUACAGGCAGCCACCACAGCAGGCAGUAGCUACCCUGGCAGUGGCAGUCUUGACAAAGGCCAAAGAUGUCAUGGGUCACAGGGACACUGCAACUAGGAAUAUUUUAAGAGCAGGGUCAGGUAUAAGGGUCAAUAGAAGCAGGGAAGAAGGUGUAGGGUAAAUAUGCAGGAAACUUCCAGUAAUGCUGCACCCAGCCUGUGGGUCAAAAAGAAUGUUGCAGUCUUUCAAACUGGCACCUGUCAGUAUUAAAUGUAGUGCAUGUGUUGACAUACAGCCUAGAGGGCUAUCUUACCUACAGGUAAGCUACUUCCUGGUCAAAUAAAUCUGUAGCAGAGCAGGAGAACCUAAAGCUGAAUGUGAAAAGGGCAGCUCCUGGCUACCUUCCUGGCAGAGCAGCUCAGAGACAGAUUGAUUGUAAUAGGCUCAGGGCGUGCAUUAGGCUGGUGGCUGCCUCAGCUCCAAGAAUGUCUCCGUGUGUUCUGCUGUAGCUUAGCUCACACAAGCUUCCCAUGAGAUUGUUGUCUUAUUCCCUGUAACUACAGGGUGAGGACCAACAUGCUCAGCUGUGGGUUUCACUGCUGCUGAGCUCCACUGCUAAUCUUUCAAGUCAGAUGGAUUUCUUUUUCUGUGUUCAAAAAGCAAUUAUGGAAACAAGAGGCUGCAUUCUGCCCCCUGGCAAGCUGCCAUCAGGGCCCUCAUUCUUAGCAUGUGGGCAUGCAGUGAGAAGUGAAGAGAUGAUGCCUCAUCUCUCCCAGGCCUGGAGGCUGUGGAUUUGCAAAGGGGAAAGUCCAAGUGCAUGAUCUGUGACAGAGUGUGUGGAAUUCUGAAAUAAAAUUACUUCCCACAGUAA